CAUUUUUGUCACUCGACAACCUAAAACAACUCUUUGCCCACGAACAAAACCGUUUCGUUAAUCUGUCAGGCUUCAGGAAUACCGAAACAACCUAAACACAGAACACUCUAAUCGCUUUCUCUCUCAAAAAAAAAAAAAAAAAAAAUCAAAAAUCAAAAUAAAUGAAAAAAAUAACGAGAAUACAUAAACAAGAAAACUUCAAAACACCGGCCGGGGCAGGACACAAAAAGACCGUGUAGACCUGUAUGAGGAGAGCAGGGUGAAGGGCGAGACGCGAGUAAGCGAGCGAAGUGCAUUGAGGAGGAGGAAGUGGAUCGGUGGAUCAGUGGAUCAGUUCCGCGCGUGGCGGAUGUUGAGCAAAAGCCGUCAUCAUUAGGUCGUCAAACCGAAGUCGGUCCCGCACGGCACCGGCAGCGGGACAUCAGCAAGCCCGCCGCUCCCAGGCGCUGGGCGAGGAUCAAAGAGUCCAUCGUGAGCGUGAACGUGAACGUGAUCGGGAUCGGGAACGGGAUCGGGAUCGGGAGCGUGAACGGGAUCAUCGGCAAAGGUUAAGUGAACAGGAGCAGCAUCGCCAUUCGAUGCACGGACGCGAUCACCGCCAACACCAACAUCAUCAUCAGCCGGAUCAACUGAACAACCUCAACGUCCACAGUCACGUCCGCCAACAUAAUCGCAUUGUGGCCGGCUCAAAUAAUUUCAAUCCGGCGGGCGGCAAUAGCAAUGGCAAUGUCAAUGGCGGCGCAACUAUGGACAGCGGAACCGUCUGUCGGAUCUCCAGGCAUUCUGUUGUUGUCGGCCAGCAGCAACAGGCGCGCAAUCUGACCCAUAAUGUCUCCAAUGCCUCCUUUUCCUCCCAGCAUCAGCAGCAGCAACAUCAACAACAACAACAACAGCAACACCAUCAUCAGCUGCAGCAGCAACAACAUCGUCUACCACCUUCUGGGACGGCUGCUCUCCAGCGGCGCUCGCAUCACCAUCAUACCGCCAGAUCUGGUCGAAAUGCAGUUCCAGUUGCUGCACCGAUAACCACAUCAGCUGCCGUACCCGCACCCGCUUCCAAUAACACUGAAGCUACCAGUACUACAACUACCACAUCAGAUGUCACCGGUACCGAUAAUAAUAACAAUAACGAUGCAUCACCAGCAAUACCAGAAACUGGGGCCCUCGGCUGCCGCUAUCCACUCUGGCUGCCCGAGUAUAAGCGCAAAGCUUUUAAUGCCUCAAUGGAUGAAAAGUACGUGGAAACAAUUUGGGCCAGCCUUAAGAAUGCCAUCCAGGAAAUUCAGAAGAAAAACAACUCAGGAUUGUCGUUCGAACAGCUAUAUCGUAAUGCCUACAACAUGGUGUUGCACAAACAUGGCAACCGACUCUACUAUGGCCUUCGGGAGGUUGUCUCCGAGCAUCUGGAGCACAAGGUGCGAACGGAGGUACUGGAGAGCCUGCACAGUAAUUUCCUGCCCAAGUUGAAUCAAGCCUGGACCGAUCACCAGACCUCGAUGGUAAUGAUCCGCGACAUACUCAUGUACAUGGACCGAGUUUAUGUGCAGCAGCGAGAGGUGGACAAUGUAUACAAUCUGGGAUUGAUUCUGUUUAGAGAUCAGGUUGUUCGCUUUUCGGAAAUCCAGAAGGCAUUGCGAGAGAAACUGCUUGGCAUGGUGAUGGAGGAGCGGCAUGGCGAGGCCAUUAACCAUUUGGCGAUCAAGAAUGCUUGCAGUAUGCUAAUUACCUUGGGCAUCAACUCGCGCACAGUUUAUGAGGAGGACUUUGAGAAGCCAUUCCUCGCCCAGUCGGCGGCGUUCUAUAAAUUCGAGUCUCAGAACUUUCUUGCCGAGAACAACGCUGGCGUUUACAUCAAGAAAGUAGAGGCACGCAUCACGGAGGAGUCCUCGCGAGCGGCACUCUAUUUGGACAAGGACACAGAACCACGCAUUGUGCGUGUCGUAGAAGAGGAACUGAUCAAGAAGCAUAUGCGUCCCAUUGUUGAAAUGGAGAAUUCGGGCGUUGUGUAUAUGAUAAAGAAUUCAAAGACCGAGGACCUGGCCUGCACAUACAAGCUCUUCUCGAGACUGAAAGAGGAGGGCCUCAAAGUGAUAGCAGAUACCAUGUCGGCGUAUCUGCGCGAACAAGGACGCAUGCUGGUCAAGGAGGAGGAGAACGGAAACACAAACCCCAUCACGUUCGUGCAGAACCUACUGGAUCUUAAGGAUCGCUUUGAUCAGUUUCUGGUGCACUCAUUCAGCAAUGAUCGCAUAUUUAAAAACGUCAUCUCAUCUGAUUUUGAACAUUUCCUCAAUCUGAAUAACAAAUCUCCCGAAUAUUUGUCACUAUUCAUUGACGACAAACUGAAAAAGGGCGGCAAAGGAAUGAGCGAGCAGGAGAUUGAAUCCAUUUUGGAUAAAACAAUGGUGCUCUUCCGUUUCCUAUUGGAGAAAGAUGUCUUUGAGCGCUAUUAUAAGACGCAUUUAGCCAAGCGAUUGUUGCUAAAUAAAUCAGUCUCAGACGAUUUCGAAAAGAACAUGAUAUCCAAACUAAAGACUGAAUGCGGCUGUCAAUUUACCUCGAAGCUAGAGGGCAUGUUUAAAGACAUGUCUGUCUCCAAUACGAUCAUGGACGAGUUUAAAAACUUUGUAAAUAAUAACAAUUUAUCUCUGGGCGGUGUGGAGCUUACGGUACGCAUACUAACAACUGGAUUUUGGCCCACCCAGACGGCAACUCCCAACUGCAACAUACCCGCCGCACCCCGCGAAGCCUUUGAUAUAUUCAAAAACUUCUAUUUAAAUAAGCACUCAGGUCGUCAGCUGACGCUACAGCCUCAGAUGGGCACUGCUUAUAUUAACGCUGUUUUUUAUGGCCGCAAAGCAGCAGACACUGAAAAGGAUAAGGAUGCUCCGAGCUCCAGCUCUAGCGGCUGUGCUGUGCCUACCACCACCCGCAAGCAUAUUCUGCAAGUGUCCACAUACCAAAUGUGCGUUCUGCUUCUAUUUAACAAUCGAGAUGUGCUAACCUACGAUGACAUCCACCAGGAGACGGACAUACCGGAAAGAGAGCUAGUCCGAGCUCUCCAAUCUCUUUCAAUGGGCAAGCCAGCGCAGCGACUGCUAGUCCGGAACUCAAAAACGAAAACCAAGGAUAUUGAGCCCACGGAUGAGUUCUAUGUGAACGAUGCCUUUGUAUCCAAAUUCCACAGGGUUAAGAUUCAAACUGUGGCAGCCAAGGGUGAAUCGGAGCCAGAGCGCAAGGAGACGCGUGGAAAGGUCGACGAGGAUCGUAAGCACGAGAUUGAAGCAGCUAUUGUACGCAUCAUGAAGGCGCGUAAGCGUAUGGCUCACAACCUACUGGUUUCGGACGUGACGUCGCAGUUGAAGUCGCGCUUCUUGCCGUCACCUGUGUUUAUCAAGAAGCGAAUCGAGGGCCUCAUCGAGCGCGAAUAUCUGCAACGAUCGCCCGAGGAUCGAAAGGUGUAUAAUUAUUUGGCUUAAGCGGGCCGCAAGCGGCGGUAGCGGCAGUAUAAUGAGCACGAUCCGGAUCAUACUCAUCAUUAAAUUGCAAAUUGCAAAACACACAGUAAACCAAACUGAAAAUCAUCGCUCGAACAGCAGGCGCCUGACAAAUCGAGCAGCAAUUAUAAUUUUGACCAAGAUUAUAGAUGACCUCCAGUCAAGAAACUGAAAGCAUACAGUUACCAAUAAGUGCGCCCCCGAAUUGUGAAAUUCCCCUUUCGCAGACUCUUUUUUUGUAAGCCUGACAUUCAAAAUUGAACAGUUAAAAAAUGCAAUUGGAUAAUGCGAGCCUCCUCACGACACAGCUAUUAUCCUUCUAAUAUAUUUCUUAAUAUUCUCUAA